CGGAUCCCCAACUCACACCAAUCAUCCGUCGAUCAAACCCAAUCGAACGAUCCCAAAUUCUCACCAACCCCCUCAAUCCGAAACGGGACACUCACCACCAACAUCACCAUUUAUAGCCCAAUUUCUCCACUGCAUUGGACGAACCAAAACCCUUCUCCAUUAUUCAAAUUUCAGCUGUUUGGUUGUCGGGUAAAUCGUUGGAGAAAUGGAAACUGGUGGGAAAAUGAAAAAAGGUGCCGGAGGAAGAAGAGGAGGUGGUCCGAAGAAGAAGCCGGUCUCCCGGUCCGUUAAAGCCGGUCUGCAGUUCCCUGUCGGAAGGAUCGGACGGUUCUUAAAGAAAGGACGGUACGCUCAGCGCGUUGGAACCGGUGCUCCUGUCUACCUCGCCGCUGUUCUUGAGUACCUCGCUGCUGAGGUUCUAGAGUUGGCUGGAAAUGCAGCAAGAGACAACAAGAAAAACAGGAUCAUCCCUCGGCAUGUUCUGUUGGCUGUGAGGAAUGAUGAAGAGCUUGGGAAGCUUCUUGCUGGUGUGACAAUAGCUCAUGGAGGUGUGCUUCCAAACAUCAACCCCGUUCUUCUCCCCAAGAAGCAGGAAAAGGCUGGAAAGGAGCCCACUAAAUCUCCAUCUAAGGCCACCAAAUCCCCUAAGAAGGCUUAAUCUUUUUAGUGGCUUAGAUUUAGAGUAAUUUGUGAUUGUAUAUCAUGCCUAAGCUUGUAACUUCAGUUUCUGUUGUUUUGAUUGUAGAAAAGCUGUAUGGUGUUCAUGAACUAGGAUGUUAUUAACUUUAGAUUUUUCUGCUUUUGUUAUAACAUCUUCUGUUUGAAGUGAAUGAAAUGGAAUUGUUUGUACUCUAAUGUCAUCUGUUGGUUGUGCAAUUGCUUUUGUAUAUUGAAAUUUCAAAUUUACAUGGUAUUUGGGAUGUUG